UUGAUCUCUGCAUCUCCCUUGUUGCUCCAUCUAGCAGCCCAGCGCCUGCAAAAAGCUAUUGUCUGUCCGGAUCCCUUGCUUCUGGCAGCCUCUCCUUUUCCAGGUCUGUGGAUUCAAAGAAGUUAGUUGGAAGAGAGCCUGGAGGUUUGGGUAAGGCUGGCUUGCUCAAGUUCCUAGUCCUCAUUGAGGUCUGAAUAGAGUUUGGAGGCUUCAAGGCAAGGAUCUGGGAGGCAGAGCAAGAAAGGCUGGCCUGUGGCUUCACAGGGACUGGCCAGGCUGGAGAUUGACCAGGUUUUGGGGCUGCACAGGUGCAGGGCCAGGUGAGGCAGGUAGAGUAAGACAGGUAGGGGAGAAGGAGGAAUUAAAGUAGAAUAUGGCCAGGUAGGUAGAAGAAGGCAGGAAGGACAGGGCAGGGAAGUAAAGGUAGAACAGGUAGGUUAGGACAGGUAGCUAAGGUAAGACAGGGCCAGGUAUAUUAUUGUUAUUAUUAUUGAUAGGGCAGGUAGGUAGAGUAAGACAGGUAGGGGAGAAGGAGGAAUUAAAGUAGAAUAUGGCCAGGUAGGUAGAAGAAGGCAGGAAGGACAGGGCAGAGAAGAAAGGUAGGACAGGUAGGUUAGGACAGGUAGCUAAGGUAAGACAGGGCCAGGUAUAUUAUUAUUAUUAUUAUUAUUAUUGAUAGGGCAGGUAGGUAGAGUAAGACAGAAAAGUUAGUGCAGGGAAGUAAGGUAGAACAGGUAGGUUAGGACAGGUAGGUUAGGACAGGUAGCUAAGGUAAAACAGGGCCAGGUAUAUUAUUAUUAUUAUUAUUAUUAUUAUUAUUAUUAUUAUUGAUAGGGCAGGUAGGUAGAGUAAGACAGAAAAGUUAGUGCAGGGAAGUAAGGUAGAACAGGUAGAUUAGGACAGGUAGCUAAGGUAAAACAGGGCCAGGUAUAUUAUUGUUAUUAUUAUUGAUAGGGCAGGUAGGUAGAGUAAGACAGAAAAGUUAGUGCAGGGAAGUAAGGUAGAACAGGUAGGUUAGGACAGGUAGGUUAGGACAGGUAGCUAAGGUAAAACAGGGCCAGGUAUAUUAUUAUUAUUAUUAUUAUUAUUAUUAUUAUUGAUAGGGCAGGUAGGUAGAGUAAGACAGAAAAGUUAGUGCAGGGAAGUAAGGUAGAACAGGUAGAUUAGGACAGGUAGGUUAGGACAGGUAGCUAAGGUAAGACAGGGCCAGGUAUAUUAUUAUUAUUAUUAUUGAUAGGGCAGGUAGGUAGAGUAAGACAGAAAAGUUAGUGCAGGGAAGGAAGGUAGGACAGGUAGAUUAGGACAGGUAGCUAAGGUAAAACAGGGAUAUAAGGGCCAGGUGUAGUAUUAUUAUUAUUAAUAAUAAUAAGGCAGGUAGGUAGAGUAGGAAAGGGAAGUAAUUUAGGAUAGGGAGGUAAGGGUCAGGUAAAUAAUAAUAAUACAAAAGGGCCAGGUAGGUACAAUAGGACAGGGAGGUAAGGAUAGGCAGGUAAGGGCCAGGUAAAUAAAUAUAAUAAUAAUAAUAAUAAUAAUAAUAAUAAUAAUAUAAGGGUCAGGUGGGUAGAGAAAGACAUGUUAGUAAGUUAGGACAGGUAGGCAAGGGGCCAGGUAAAUAAUAAUAGUAGUAAUAGCACUAGUAAUAGAGCCAGGUGGGUAGAGCAAUAAAUAAAUAAGUAGUAGUAGUAGUAGUAGUAGUAAUAAGGCUAGGUGAGUAGAGCAAGACAUAUAAGUAAGUAGGUAAGUUAGGACAGGUAGGUAAGGGGCCAGGUAAAUAAUAGUAGUAGUAAUAGUAGCAAUAGAACCAGGUGAGUAGAGCAAGAAAAUAAUAAUAAUAAUAAUAAUAAUAAUAAUAAUAAUAGUCCUAAACACUUGGGAAGUGUUCGAUUGGUGAUUUUGUGAUACGAAAUCCAGUAUAUAUCUCUUGUUUGCUGUGUUUUUGUGUCAGUAAACUAUAAUAAUAAUAAUAAUAAUAGGGCCAGGUGGGUCGAACAAGACAUGUAAGUUAGGACAGAGAGGUAAGGGGCCAGAUAAAUAAUAAUAGUAAUAAUAAUAACAAUUAUAGAGCCAGGUGAUUAGAGCCAGACACGUGGGUAAGUUAGGACAGGGAGGCAAGGGCCCGGUAAAUAAAUAAAUAAAAUAAUUAUAAUAAUUGUAGAGCUAGGUGGGUAGAGUAAGGCAUGUAGGUAAGGUAGGACAGAGAGGUAAAAUCCAGGUAAAUAAAUAAAUAAUGCCAGGUGGGUAUAGCAAGACAUGUAGGUAAGAUAAGACAGGUAGGUAAGGUAGGACAGGUUGGUAAGGACAGAUCUGCCCCAGGAUUUUGGAGAUACCUAUGUACCCAGAAGGCUGCUUCUUCUGUGAAUUCAGGUGUGCUGCUUAGGUGUUCCUAAGGGAUGAAUAAGUGAUUCUGUGUAUCAGGUUCCUCUCGAAAGAGUGAGUUCCACAACGUGGGGAGUGUUUAGGUCCAAGGCAGCCAGGAUUUGGGGUGAGUGACAGCGAGUCCGGCAGGGAUCACCUGUGAAGAGAGCACCUGCCGUCCCGCCUUGGGUCAGGGCCACGGUCAUGUCCUAGAGCUGUACCUGCCUGGCCGAUGCCCCACCUGUGCCAGCGAGGAUGACCCCAGAAGAAGAGAGCCCCCCGGGAGGCGAAGGAGACGGGGAGAGCGACGACAACGGGGUCCCCCUCCAUUUGCAGCCUUCCGAAAGCUAUGGCAGCCUACGCAAGGGCUCUGAUCCUUUAGCGCAAUCGCAGCGGAGCAAGUUGCAGCACCGCCGGGCGCGGAUCAACCAGCAGAUCAACAAAGAGAUGCGGAUGCGAGCCGGUGCAGAAAACCUUUUCAGGGCCACCAGUAACCACAAAGUCAAGGAGACGGUUGCCUUAGAGCUCAGUUACGUCAACUCUAACCUGCAGCUGCUGAAGGAAGAACUGGAAGAGCUGAACAGCUCCAUGGAUGUGUAUCAGAACGACAGUGAUUCUAUCAGUGUUCCCAUGAUCCCUUUGGGGCUGAAGGAGACCAAAGAGUUGGACUGGGAAGCACCCCUGAAGGAAAUGAUUUGGGAUCACUACGGUGAAGAUGGCGCCUCAUACGAGACGGAGAUCCAAAGUCUCAUGGAGCUGCGGCAGGCCAUGCGGACUCCCAGCCGGAACGAAGCCGGUCUGGAGCUGCUUAUGGAGUAUUACAGCCAGCUCUACUUCCUCGACAACCGCUUCUUCCCUCCCAAUAAGAACCUGGGCCUCUUCUUCCACUGGUACGACUCUCUGACGGGUGUCCCGUGCCACCAGCGGGCCCUGGCCUUCGAAAAAGGGAGCGUGCUUUUCAACAUCGGAGCCUUGCACACCCAGAUCGGGGCUCGGCAGGACCGUACCACCUUGCAAGGCGUGGACCGCGCCAUCGAAGCCUUCCAGAAGGCUGCUGGUGCCUUCAACUACCUGAAGGAGAACUUCUCCAACGCCCCCAGCCUGGACAUGAGCACAGCCUCCUUGAACAUGCUGGUCCGCCUGAUGAUCGCCCAGGUCCAGGAGUGCGUCUUGGAGAAGGUCUUGCUCCUCCGUGCCCACAGCGACUUCCUUACCUGCCUGCAACUUGCCCAGGAAGCAGCCAGGGUCGAAGAGGUUUACACGCUUGUCCACCAGACGAUGACCCAGCCGCACGUGAAGGACUACGUCCCCUUCUCGUGGGCCACCAUGGUGCAGGUCAAGUCGGAGCACUUCCAGGCCCUCUCGCACUACUACGCCGCCAUUGCACUUUGCGACUGCCCUCCCGCAUCUGACGCAGAUCUUCCGGAGCUUGAAAAGGCCUUCCUCCAGUUCCACGUCACUCCGCCUGACGGUCCGGCUUCGGCCCUCCUUUUGCAAGAUCCGGAAGAAAGAAGGCGGUUGGGAAAAGCUCACCUGAAGAAGGCCAUCAUGCGGCACGAGGAGGCCAUGAGGAUCCACGGCUUGUGCAAGAUCCUGAGGAAGAUGGACAUCCUCCAGGAGGUGCUCUGCUUUGCCCACAAGCGUUCGCUCAGCAAGUACUCCGAGAUCGACCACGAGGAGGACUUCUUCGAGACGCCGGACGCUCCUGACAUCCACCCCAAAACGCACCAGAGACCCGAAAUCAAAUCGCCCAACUUCUCCAAGGUGAAAGUGACAGACAUCUUCCACCGGCUGGGUCCGCUAUCAGUUUUCUGUGCCAAGAACAAGUGGCACCCGCCGCGGACGGUGCGCCUGGUGCGAGGGGAGAACGGCUUUGGCUUCACCCUCCGAGGAGACUCUCCGGUCCUCAUCGCCGGCGUCAUCGCCGGAGGCUGUGCAGCAGAAGCCGGCCUGAAAGAAGGGGACUACAUCGUCUCCAUCGAUGGGAAGGACUGCAAGUGGUCCAAACACGCCGAAGUGGUGCAGUUGCUGAAGGUGGCCGGAGAGGAAGGGACGGAGGUGACCGUUGUGACUCUGCAGUACUCCGAAGGACAGGCCACGGGGGACAAGAAGUCCGUGGCGGCCAUGUCAUCCUGCUCGGGGGUCCUGCUGAAGGGCGACAAGGAGAACAGCCGGAGGAGCCCGAUGCAGAGCAAGGGGGCCAGCACUCUCUUGGCCUGGGGCAAGAAGAGCAAGCGAAGCAAGACCAGCACCUACAGCCUCCCCUUCUCUUCCGUGGGGGACAACGACCUGGCGUGCUGAGCCCCCCGGCCAUCCCUCGGAACAAGGAAGGCGGUCUUGCGGGAAGCUGCUUUCUGGCAGGCAACGGAUAUCAAGGAGGCUCUCAUUUUACCAACCUUGCUUCUGAAAAGGAAUGGGUCUGAAGAGGGUGAAAUGAACUCCUGGUGAGCCUCCAUGCUCAGGAGAAGCUCAUCUCCAAAUACUGAUGGGAGGCAAUAAGAGAGAGCAGCACCCUUGAUGCCG